GUUAAUGGGACUGACGUAAGCAGUUUCCCUCACGAGGACGCUGUCAGAGCGUUUUUGACAGCGCAGGAACCCAUCGUGGUAGAGGUGAAACGAAGAAUAGCCGAAUCGCCGGUCGAAACGAGCAAAAGUUCCUCAUCGAAAACCUCUUCGAUCGCUUGCCAAACCGAAAUCUCCGGAUACGCCUGGCUCGAGGAUAACUCUCUGGAUUGCCUGACACACGACAUAGACUUAGAGGAAGUCACCUUAAGAAAAUGCAGCAGCGACGAAAAAUUGGGCCUCACCGUGUGCUACAGCUCAGGAUCUGAGGUCGACACUUGCACUGAGGUCUACAUCAGGGACAUCGCGCCCCAAAGCGUCGCCGACAGAGACGGCAGGCUACGACAGGGCGAUCAAAUUUUACAGGUAAAUGGUAAGGAUGUGGCAAACAAAGAAGAGACUGAGUCGCUAUUCGCGGAAAAUAGAAAAGCCGUAACGCUAUUGGUUAGCAGAUGUUACACAAGGAGUGAAGAGUAUUUGGAUGCAGAACCGAUAGAUGCUAUAUCUCCGGGAGGACGUAGCGCGGCAUACCAGAAUAGCAUAAUAGAGCAACUAGUUCAUCAGCAGCAACAGCAGCAACAGACGGACUCGCCGGCUCCGAAAAUUCCGGCGCACUUCAACCAAGAGAAGUUAAACCUCACCAACUCCCUGGUCCGUUCGAAAAUGGACUCGAUAAACCACGAGAUAUCAGAGCUGGAUUUCAGAAUGCAGAACAUACAGCUGGUGAAGCUGGAUAAAAGGAAACCGCCUCAGCUGCCGCACAUACCGGCUCCUCUCGACUCCGAUACCGAGCACAUUUACGAAACCAUACCGGAGUCGGUCGAUUCCGAGCUAGAGCCGAUUUAUUCUUGUCCCUACGAGGCCGGCGACGAUAAUAUGAUCGAGCAAUGGCUCAAAGCUCACCAAGACGACGCUUGGACCGCGCAAAAGGACCCAACCUCGAAGGAUAACAAGAAACAGAGGAGCAAAUCUUCGAAGAGCAACAGCAGUGGUGAGGAACAUGAAAAUAGCUCAAGUGCUUAUAACACAGGGGGAUCCUGUAACAGUAACCCUUUAACUUUUGAACUAGCUUGUAGCCAGGAUUCCAAGCAAAAAGACAUAUACAGAUCGACUCUGAUCUUGUGUCCGCCUGAAAAAGAGGAUCCUGUGAAGGAUCAGGCGAGCGAGUGCGACGCUUGCAAGCGUCAAACGUCGUCGAAAACCAAAAAAUCUAAGUCAAAUACCAAAUUAGCGUCUCCUUCUUCGCCGACGACCAGAUCGGGAGUGAGUCACAUUUUGUCCGAUACCAUGUACACGAACGUGGCCAAUUUGCAACAGACCAUGUUGCUGCAGCAACAGUUGUUCAGGCAGGCUUUGGUCCAGCAGCAGGGUAAUGAAGUUGCCGCUAAACCCACCACGAGUUUUACCUCGCCAAGUUUAAGCCAGUACCAGUUUGUUAGUGGCUCUCAGAGUUAUACCACGCAAGCAGAAAGCGCUACCCUGGAAUCUAGAAUGGAAUGGAAGGUGAAGAGGAGACCUGAUGGUACUAGAUACAUAGCCAGAAGACCUGUUAGAAAUAGGAUAUUGAAAAAUAGAGCUAUAAGAAUAUCCGAGGAGAGAGCUGGAUUGACCACUGAAGAUGAUACUAUAUCUGAAUUAAAGAUUGGUAGGUAUUGGACGAAGGAAGAGCGCAAGAAGCACCUAGAAAAAUCCAAAGAGAGAAAGCAAAGGCAGGAAAUCCUGCUGGCGUCGAGGAACGUGGAUGAAAACAAUGAUAUUGUUUUAAGGCCGAUAGAAAAGACGCACUCGUUCUCUUCGAAGAAGGCUGCCAACAACAUUGACAAUACUGCGAAGAAACACAAGACUAAGAGGGUUCACAAGGAGGGUUACGAGAAUUUCGCAACCGUUCAGGACAUGUUGGUCCACGGUCCCAAGGUUCCCACCCCCGGCACCAAAAUGGUAGGUCUAUUAUCUGUUACAACUGUCUAA